ACUAGCGUCCAGUCCUUCAACAUUAAGGAAAAAAUUGAUACUGCUUUCUUGUUGGCAGCAUGUUUGCCUCGAUUUAUCUAGAACAGGAAUUCUUACCUUGUUAUUAGUACUUGUUUCCUUUUUGUGUCAUAUGCAAGUUAACUGGAAGUUGUUUAUCCUGGAAUACUUUCUGGAAUUAAAAAGGAGAAAUGGAGAGACAGGCAUGUUUAGAAGCGAGGACUGGAGACACAGAAGGAAAUGGUUAUGAUGCUAUUGUCGUAGGUUCUGGAUAUGGUGGCUCUAUUGCUGCUUGUCGAUUGUCAGUGGCAGGAAUAAAGGUCUGUUUGCUAGAGAAAGGCCGAAGAUGGAAAGCUAAGGAUUUCCCAACUGAUACUUUGCAAAUCAUGUCAACUGUGAGGCUGGAGAACCAAAAUUUAGGCAUCAGUAUUGGCCAAAAAGACGCUUUGUUUCAGGUGUAUGAACAAAAUGAUUCUCUAGCAGUCGUAGCUUGUGGGCUAGGUGGCGGUUCCCUAGUUAAUGCAGGAGUUAUGCUGCCAACCCCAGUUCGUGCUAAAAGGAAUUCCAAAUGGCCUAAGGAAUGGGAAAAGGACUGGAAUACUUGUGAAGCUUCUGCUGCUGCAAUGCUGAGAAUACAAAGCAUUCCAGUCAAGUUUCCCAGUGCAAGAGUAAUGGGAGAAAUAGUUGAAGGAGACAUUGAACAAACUCCGGAAAAUUUAAUGAAGUUCAGUGUGAAUUUUGAUGUUAAAGAAUCUUCAUCCAAUUCAAUGAAGCUUCAGCAGAUGAAUAGCUGCUUAGCCUGUGGAAAUUGCAUUUCUGGGUGCCCUUACGAUGCCAAAAGUUCUACUGAUAAAAACUAUCUUCUUUCAGCAGUGCAGGCAGGGUGUACCGUAAGAACCGAAUGUGAAGUUAAGUAUGUGAUCGAGAACACACAUGAAGUUCUCCAACAAGACAGAAUAAGUAGAAAAAGAAGACGAUGGUGUGUUUACUUAAAUGAGAUAGACUAUUUAACCUCUGAUUUUGUAAUCCUAUCAGCGGGAGUUUUUGGGACAACUGAAAUACUUUUCCAGUCACAAAUGAGAGGAUUGAUGCUUUCAAAAACUCUUGGAUCUGGGUUCAGCUGUAAUGGGAAUACAGUUGCUUAUCUUGCUGGAAGUGCUGCACCCUUGAAUGGUUAUGGACUGGACAAAAAACAAAUGUUAGAGAUACCUUUUCAUGAACGGCCAGGGCCAUCCAUCUCCUCAUCUUACACUUCUUCAUUGGGUUUCACAAUCCAGACUGCUGUACUUCCAAGGGCUUAUCCUUACCUGCUGUUCAAGGGGAUUACAACUUAUGGAUGGCCAACAGGUUACUGGUUCUUUCAUGGAAUAAUUGAUAAGCUGAAACAUGUCAUAGGUAUUAAAUCAUCCCAAGCCAUUGUUCUCAAUGCAAUGGGAUAUGAUGAAAGUGAUGGACAUAUUAUGUUAGACGAGUCCACAAACAAAAUCUGUUUUAGUCCACCUCACGAUCCUUUGCUCCCACGAAAGGUAGAAGUUUAUCAAAAGCUUACCAAGAAAUUAGGGGGAAUCCUCUUUAUGUCUAGGUAUAGGAGUACAGCAGUUCAUCUUUUAGGCGGAUGCAAUGUAUCAUCAGGUUCUUCAGGCGGGGUGUGUAAUCACAAUGGUCAGGUUUUUGACACAAAAACUUCUGCCUCUGUGCAUUCAGGCCUUUAUGUUUGUGAUGCUUCUCUGAUCCCAUGUUCUAUUGGUGUAAACCCAUCUCUUGCUAUUGCAACUGUAGCUGAGCUUGUGAGCAGGAACCUUGUGCAUGAUAUUCUUGAUUACAACAGCAAAAGAGGUAAAAACUUUGGCAUAUUGACUGUUGAUCAAAACUCUUGCUCUGUUGCUGAUAACAAUUUGGAUAAUGGACACGAUUCAACUCUUUUGAUCAAAGAAACCUUGAGAGGGUAUGUAGGGGGUAUGCCAUGCACGGCUUAUCUCAAAAUGAAAAUGAAUGCUCAGUAUCAGGAAGGGCUUGAUGGACAGAAUCUGCUAAGCAGUGGAUCUCAUCCUCUUCUGAAGGGAAAGGUUGGAGGGUUUGUAAUAAUUAGAGCCAUCGAGAAAGAUAAAAUACACAUCAUAGAUGGGAAAGUAGAUUUGUGUAUGUUGGAUUGCAGAACUCCUUACACACAGUAUAUGUACUAUCAUCUUCUUCUUGUAGGUUCUUCUGGUUCAAAAUAUAUUCUUCAGGGAAAAAAGAUAUUGAAUCCAUAUCUCUUUGCAUUAUAUGCUUGGAAAGAGACGACCACACUGCAUGUAACAUUAAAAAGAGUUUCUGCAAACACUGGAAGGGAUACAAUGAUGAUUUUGAAAGGAGAGCUUCAAAUUUCCUUCAAAGAGCUUCUGAAGAGCUUCAAAAGCCUUAAAGGAAACAGCGCAGCAAGGUUCAUCUAUAUUCUCCUGCAGUCUUUUGUCAGGACCUAUCUCUUACAAAUACCGCGGAGGAGUCACAUGGAUUUCAUUCCAAAUGAUCCUUGCCUUGAACCCUAUCCAAGCAGCGUUCUCCAUAAAAUAGAAACAGAAGAUGGACACAUCAUUAGUUGCAGGCAAUGGAAAUCUGUUCAAAAUCUAUCGGGGCUUAAAGGAGAGAAACAUCUAAGUCCUGUUCUGCUUCUUAAUGGUUAUUCUACUGAAAGUUACUGGCUGCCAACAGAACCACAUGAUUUAGUCAGAACUUUACUGCAAGAAGGGCAUGAAAUAUGGCUGCUGCAAACAAGAUUGCAUCCCAUGAAUCCUGCAAAUAGCUUCACUCUUGAAGAUAUUGGAAAAUAUGAUAUCCCGGCUGCAAUUGUUAAGAUCCUUGAAUUGCAUGGACCGAGUAGUAAGAUACAUGUAAUUGCACACUGCGUUGGAGGCUUAGCCAUUCAUAUAGCUCUAAUGGGAGGGCAUGUCUCUGCAGCCCACAUAGCUUCUCUGUCUUGCACCAAUUCUUCCAUGUUCUUCAAGCUCACGCCACUAGCUAGAUUCAAAAUGUGGCUUCCUCUAGUUCCAGUAUCAAUGGUUAUACUAGGCAAGAAGAACAUCCUCAAUUUGCUGGAAACAGCAAAGACAAGUUCUCGACACUGGCUCUUGAAAUGCAUUGCCUAUUGCUUACCACGAUACGAGAGAUGCACCUGCAAGGAAUGUGAGAUCUUUUCUGGAAUAUUUGGUAAUACAUUUUGGCAUGAAAAUGUGAGCCCCACCAUACACCAAUGGUUGAAUGAGCAUAGCUCCACAAGGCUUCCCAUGGGAGCUUUUCCUCAUCUCAGAGAAAUAUGCAACUCUGGAUUUAUCAUGGACAGUAAUGGUAAUAACUCAUACUUAAUCCAUCCAGAGAGGAUGGCAGUCCCUACGCUGUAUAUCUCUGGUGGCCGGACUCUCCUUGUGACUCCAGAGACUUCAUUUCUUGCUAACAAGUACAUGAGGCUGCACCAACCAAGUUCUAGACAUGAAAGAGUCGUUAUAGAUGAGUUCGGACAUUCAGAUCUGUUAAUUGGAGAGGAGUCCUAUGAGAAGGUUUUUCCUCACCUCUUAUCUCAUAUAAGAUUGGCUGAACUAGAAGGCAAUGGUAUGAUGAACUUUGAGAGAAAGAAGUACAGCAAAGAGGUAUUAGACUGGAGUCAUGAUCCUUAUGAAGGACAUGGAGGAUUUGGAAGUUGGUCGUCUCCUUUGGCUGUUAUUCUGUUCUUCUUGUUCCUUUUGCUGGUUUUAGUUUCGUCAUUGAUGUGAUUUAACGAGUGAUUGCCUGCCUCCAUGCAGUUGGCUAUUUUCUAUUUUACCUUUCUGUGCUUAUUUAAUCACUAAACUAUUUAGAGAAUGAUUUCAGGUUGAAUGUGUGUGCCUUAUAUACUGUGUAUUUUCCAGCCAUAAUAGUGAAAACUGGAAGUCUAAAAUUUAGUUCAUAUUACUUUUAAUUUUUAUCGUUGUUGUCUGAAAACAAAUAACUGCAGGAGUUAUAAUCAAAAUGAUAUUCAUUACAGUGUAAUGCAAUCAUUUGGUAUGUUAUAAACAAAUAGGAUACUAAACUGAAGUUAUAUUUAAAGAUAGUCAGUUACGUGUUUUAUAUGCAUGUGAACUGUUGAGAUUUUGAGUUGUUAGGGUUGUUAGGAUAUGAUAAGUAUUUAUCUUUUAAAUUUAGAAUAUGAUAAGUAUUUAUCUUUUAAAUUUAGAGUCUAGCUAUUAAGAGUUUGUUAUUUAGUUUCUAUCAAAGUCUUACAUAUAAGUAUAAAUAUAAGGCUGAUGUAUCUCUUUUUGAUAUCAGAAUACAAUAAUGAAAACCUAAUUCUUAGGUUA